CGUCUCUCCCUUUUCAUUGCAGCUAUGUGGAAAUCCAGGGCGUGGAGGUACAGGGAGAGGCUGUGCUUGAACUCACUCUGAAAAAUGAGAAGAUGACCCUUUACUCGGAGAAAGCCAAGCAAGCAAAGGUCCUCAUCACUGUGUUCCUGGAUGAGCUGCGGAAGGACUCCAAGUACGUCAUGGCUGUUAAAAGCUACAUUACAGACGAUAAAAGUCUGCUAAACAUGCGUAAGGGGGAUAUCAUCAAACUACUGCCCAUGGAUGGACUCGAGCCAGGCUGGCUGUUUGGGUCUGUUGGUGGGCGAUCGGGCCUCUUUCCUGAAGACCAAGUCCAGCCGACAGCAGCUCCCGAUUACUACAAUGUUAGUGGGGAGAGGAAUGAGGAGAGAUCAAGGAGUAUGCCCAUCUCCAGAAGGUCCUCCAUUAAAACGAGUCCACCACUCAGUGAAGUGUCAGAAAGCAACGAAGCAGGAACAACCAUCUCCUCUAAUUCUGCAUCUGUCAUCAAGUCUGCAUCAAGCAUUUACUCCUUGCCUGAGCACGGACAGUAUGUAAUGGUCGAGUUUGCAAUGAAGUACUUCAGAGAGCCUGUGACUACACCUGAAUUGAAGAAUAUGAGUGCAGAAGAAAAGAAACCUAAUUAUUUGGUCAGACACACAAAGGUUCCCAUCCAGCAGUCACUGCUUUAUCUUGUUGACGAAGAACUGAAUGAACUUGCUACACAGAAUUUCAUGGCUGUUAUGAGGUUUAUGGGAGACCAGCCUUUGAAGAAGAAACGUUCUGACAUUGAUUACUUAGAGAGUAUCCUGAAGCUGUGCAAGAAGAAAAAAUUGCUACUGGAUGAAGUCUGUUGUCAGAUCAUCAAGCAAAUCACAGACAACCCCAAGAAUGAAAGCUGCAUAAAGGGCUGGCGAAUGCUUCACAUCUUCCUGGGCUACUACCCCUGCUCAAACAACCUCGCCCCUUACGUCACCAGCUAUCUGCAGGAAAUCUCCAUUAACCCCAAUCACCCAUUCCAAGAAAUAGCAAAGCUUUGCCAGGAAAACAUUCAACGCACUUUGGAAUUUGGAGGCCGGCAACAUCUCCCAAGCAACCUUGAAAUGGCUGCUUGUGCUAAAGGACGCAGCUCGCGAAGGAUCAAUGUGCAACUGCCUGGGAAGUUGGUGCAUGUGUCCAAGAUCAAGCCCUUCACAGUAGGACAUGAAUUGGUGAUGGAAAUAUGUGCCACUAUUGGGAUUACUGACACUGAAGAAGCCAAGGAGUUUUCGCUGAUUGCUGAUAAAGAUAAUGGGAAGGUUGCCAAGCCCAUUAGAUGGUCUGAAUAUCUUUUCGAUUUCCUGCUGGAUGAUAACUCAGUCAAAUUUUAUUUUCAACGCAUCAUCUGGAAAGAACCUUUACGUUUCUAUAAUGACCUCUAUAUUGAUUUACAUUAUAAUCAGGUGGUUCCGAUUUAUCUGAAGGGACAGCUGCUCUUGCCAAACAACAUCUCUGAAGCAGAACACCACAUUGCAAUCCUGGCAGCCUAUCAAUUCAAAGGCAGCACAGAGAACCCUGAACCAACUAAGCAACAGCUGAAGAUGUACCUCCCUAAAACAUUGAGAAAAAUGAACACUGAUGCAGUCCUGAGACAAACUCUCCAAGAACUCAAUGCAAUGCACCAUCUUAGUGCUGUUGAAGCCAAGAUGCACUUCUUAACUGCAGUGCACACCAUGCCUCUGUUUGGUUACAAUAUCUUUGUGGUGAAAAAGACCAGCUCAUUUUUGAUUCCAGUUCCAUGCAUCAUGGCAUUCAAUGAGGAAGAUCUGAUGGUGUUAAGUGAGGAAGGCAAGGAAAAACACCUGAGGAUUCCUAUGAGGGAGAUUCAGAUGAUGCGAAUGAAGCGGGCAACGGAUGAAUCAAGCUUUCCAUUGAUGGAAAUAAACUAUGGCUCUCCAGUCAAACCAUAUAUGAUCACUUUUGAAGUGAAAGAGGCAAAGAAGAUCUGCCACAUGAUUGGAAUGAUCCUGGAUGACAUAUUGCAGACUACCUACACAUGACCUACACAAGCUCACAUACAAAGAUGGGUUAGAAGUUCCAGUGUUGCUGCCAGGUUAAUCAAAGUUUUACUGAAACACAAUAUGAUCCAUAUCAAUACAGGUUGAUCGCCCCUUAUCCGAAAUUCCGAAAUCCAAACUAGUUUUGAGCGCUGACAUGACAUCACAAAAUGAAUAUUCUACAAGGUUCCCAAGUGACAUGCAGGUCUCUGCUCACCACAGACAGUUCGGAGAUGUGACCUCACAUAUGUAAUGCAUUGAAAUUAAUUUAAAAGCAGAAAAACACUGUAUAAAGUAAAAAAUGAAGAUUUUGAUCGUGUCUUGAAAGAGUUUUUGAAUCAGCAUCAGAGUGAACAUAUACUUUUGUAACAUGGCUGAUCAUGAAACAAGCAAAGAUCUAUCACACCGAACUGGUAAUUGUGAAUAUUCAGCAGGCUGGUUGCAUAAAUUUAAGAAAAGGCAUUAGCAUUGCAGUUUUAAAGAUUUGAGGUGAUGAAGUGUCUCUACUGAUCACCAAGCAGCAGAGAAAUUCUUUAACAAGUUUGCCAAGAUCAUCACUGUUGAAAAUCUAACACACAGAACGGCUGCAUCAGUACAUAUGUGUGAUGAACAAGCGCAAGACAAAGAUUACGUAACGGUAGCACAUGAAUUCCGAAUUGGGAAUGAUAGUGAUACCAAACCUGGGUGGCUGAGGUAGUGAUUGCUAUUAAAAAACAAGACUACCUUCAGGGCAUAGGUAAAGCUGGACAUGUAAUAUAAAUGGAAUUCACGUUUAGACUUGGGUCCUCUCUCCAAGCUAUGUCCUCUCUUUCAGUAUGUAAAUAUACCAAAAUCCAAAAUCUGAAAUACUUCUGGCCCCAGUCAUUUAAGAUAAGGGAUGUUCAACCUGUACUCCGCUGCAGACACCAGAUAUGAUUAAACUUCCAGUUAUUUAGUAAGAGAUAAUAAAUUUGAAGUAGCCACAUUUUGCCUUGUCUAGAGGUCUGCCCAAAAUCACCGACAGUCAAUAUGGGCACAGAUUCGGAUCAAGUCAUCCUAGGGGACUCCCAUCUGUCACCUGGUGACUAAUUUUGGCUGCAAACUGCACCACCUAGCACUGAGCCUGCUAACACUGUGGCAAUCUCUCCAUCAGUGGCGCACGGAGGAAGUCAUGUGAUUGGCCCUCACAUGUACACAUGAUCCCAGUGUGAAAGCCAGAGUACAGCUUCCCAUCCAACAGCCUAGUCAUCACUUCACACCCAAAUUCCUCUGUGUGAAUAAAGGUUUUCCGGUGUUAGUUGAGAGAGGAGCUUAUUUUAAUGAAAAGGUUUGUUGGAAACUGGAGACAACAUGAAAUAAACUAAAACAACAAGUAUGUAAAUACACGUCUCAAAGCUACAAAUGAAACAGCUAUUUAUCUUUUUAAAUAGACCUCUUUUUAUUCAAUUUAUUUUUUAUUCAUUUUUAAAUAUUAUUCAAGUUUAUAUUUCCAAAAUCAUCUAAGUUAAUAUUCUGACAUUGAUAUUACAAGGUGCUGCUUCAGAAUAAAGUGAUCAUUGUAGUGAUCUGGAUAAUCUGUUGGCACUGGCACUUUAAAAUCAACCUAGCAGCACACUGUACAGCAGAGAUAAAACGAAGCAUGCUCAUGUAACUUCCGCUGCUUUUCAGUCUGAUUAGCAGAAAUAUUUAGCCUUUAAUCUCCAGAUGCUAUUUUUCAUAACACAUGGCAAGAUUAAGAUUAAAGUGAUGGAAUAUUGUGCAGUGUGGUGGUACCCAGGCCCAAUGGGUGUCGAGGAAAAAAUCAAUUUAAAUUAUUAUGUUAGGCCACUUCUAGAACCUGAUCUGUUAAUAAUUUUAUGAAAUCCAGUGAAAUUCCAGCUAGAAAGGGAAUGCUACAUAAUGCUAGACAAGACCUGUAAAUAACUUCAACUAUAGGGCAUUCAAAGGAAAUUGAAAUAACCUCCAACAGUAUAGCCAUAAUUGAAAGCCUUAGCCAGGAUACAAAAAAUAGAUGAUCAAGGGUAAAAUCAUAAACACAAGGGAUUCUGCAAAUGUUGGAAAUCCAGAGGAACACACACAAUGCUGGAGGAAACAGCAGGUCAGGCAGCAUCUAUGGAAAUGAAUAAAUAAUCGACAAUUUUGGCCGAGACCCUUCAUCAGGACUGGAAAGGAGGGGGAAGACGCCAGAAUAUUUUAUGUUAAAGGGUAAUAUUACAGAAUAUAUCACCUCAAUGAAAGUUUGAUGCUCAGUGUAAAACCUGAUGUUUUAGCUGGGGAACAAGUUUCCUACCCCACCACCUCUUCAUUGAACGCCAUAGCUUUUCUUCGGUCGUGACCUAGACAAAAAGACAAUCCUGAAAUGAAAGUUUCCAUAUACUGGAACUGAAACAGCUGGAAUGUUACUGUGAAUUUUUGCUUUCCUUUGCCUUGUAGCUUUGUUCCUAAUGAUCAAAUAAUGCAGUUUAGACAGGUUACUGUUUUAUACCUAGAAAAAUUAAAUUCUAUUUAAGAUCAUGUUUCUGUUUGUAUUAUUCG